AUGAUUAAAGUAUUUUUUCCCAUAUCAUUAUAUUUAAUAACAAUUUUAAAUAUAUUAAUAUCGUGUGAAGAAAAUGAAUUAAGUAUAGAAAAUGAUGAAGACAGUACUUACAAGUAUACAAAAGUAAAAUUUGGUGAAGGAUCUACUUUACCUAAUACUUGUAGUAUAAAUGAUGAAAGAAAAAACUUUUUAUCACAAAAUGAAGAAUUUCACAGUAAGUUAUAUAGUAAUAAUAUAGAAAAUGAAGAAGAGGAAUUAUCUGAUUAUUUAAAUAUGUUUAAUAAUGUUGACGAAACCUAUAAUAAUUCUCCACAUUGUCAGAAAGAUUUAUCCCUAAUAGAAAGUAUACAAGCAUUAACCGAUAUUACAUCAGGAAAUGAUACAUUAUAUAGUAUAAUACCUGAUAACAUUUCAGAAUCUGAUGUACAAAUAAUAAAAGAUGAAGAAAAGGAAAUUCUUGAAAAUUUAGAUGACAAUGAAGUUAUAAAAGAAUUAUUAAUAAAUGAUAUUCAAAGUGAUGUUGAGGAAAACAAUUUAGUGGAAAAUCAAUUGAAUAAUAUGGAAAAUAUAUCUGUUAAUUAUAAUUUACAUGAUAAUCUUAAUAUAAUACGUAAUGUUAAUAAUGAUAUAAAUAUUAAUAUACAUAAUAAUGUUGAUAAUAAUCACAAUGUUGAUAUAAAUAAUAAUAAUGUUGAUAUAAAUAAUAAUCACAAUGUUGAUAUAAAUAAUAAUAAUAAUGCUGAUAUAAAUAAUAAUAAUAAUGCUGAUAUAAAUAAUAAUAAUAAUGCUGAUGUAAAUAAUAAUAAUAAUGCUGAUGUAAAUAAUAAUAAUAAUGCUGAUGUAAAUAAUAAUAAUGUUGAUAUAAAUAAUAAUAAUGUUGAUAUAAAUAAUAAUAAUGCUGAUAUAAAUAAUAAUAAUGUUGAUAUAAAUAAUAAUAAUGUAUUUAUGAAUAAUGAGGUUAAUAAUGAAAAUGAUGAGGUAAUAAAUGAAGAAAUUAACGAAGAGAAAAUGGAAGAAAAUAAUGAUGAACAUACCGAACAAAUAAAUGAAGAAACAAGAAAACAAAAUGUGGAACAAAGUAUGGAAGAAACUGCUGAAGAAAAUAUUGAAGGGAAUAAGGAAGAGUAUAUAGAAGAAAAUAACGACGAGUAUGUGGAUGAAAGCAUGGAAACAUAUGAAGAUAACGAAAGUGAAUAUAACGCUGAACAAAAUGAAGUAUAUACAGAACAACAAACUUCAUCAUCAAAUGUGGAACCGGAAAAGGAAAAGGACAACGAAAACGAAAACGAAGACGAAGACGAAAAUGAUAAUAAUGUAUACUCGCAAAAGGAAUACGAAUAUUUAAUAGAUACAGAUGAUACAGAAGAAAUUAUUGUACAAGAUGGAGAUAAAAUCUUAUCACUUAUUAAAAUUAAAAAGGUAGAGAAACCAACUGAUAAGAAAUCCGAAAAAAUACGACGACGUGGAAGAAAAAAAGGAAGUAUGCAGGAAUUCAUUGAACAAAAAAAAAAAUUAAAAGGUCUAGUAGUAAUGCCUAAUGAAAUGUAUGACUUAUAUAAAGGUAAAGGUAAAAAUUUACCCAAACAAUGGGAAUAUGAAUUUGAAGAAUUUAGUGAUGAUGACAGUGAUGAUGAUAGUGAUGUUGAUAGUGAUGAUGAUUACGAGGAUGAUGCCGAAGAGGAAGAAAAAGACGAUAUGGACGAGAAGGUAAACGAAUUAGCUGAUGAGGAGGUAGAAUAUCAAGAAGAUGACGAUUAUGAAGAUAUGGAAGACGAAGAUGACGAUGAUGAUGAUUUAAAUUAUGAUUUUUUUGAUGAUGAAAAUUAUGAAGACGAUGAGAAUGAUGAAAACAAUCUUGAAUCGCCAGAGGGAGAAGAAAAUACUUUCACAAAUAAUCCUAAUAGAAGAAAUAUGCAAAGAAUAGAUAUAUUCAAUAUGAUUUUAAUGCGAGAUAUGUUAUCUAAUUUAGAUGAAAAUAUCUCUUUUGAUGAGCUAAAUGAUAUAUACGAUUUCAUGAAUACAUGA